ACGUUUCAGAUUGCGAAUAACACGUGUUAGCCAUGAAACUCGCAGUGUUUUGCCUGUUGGCCAUUAUCUCUAUUGUUUACGCGGAUCAGUACACUAAUAAAUUUGACAACAUAGAUGUAGAUCAAAUUAUUAGCAAUGACCGGUUAUUAAAACGCUAUGUUGAUUGCGUGCUGGACAAGCCUAACGUUAGGUGUCCUGCUGAAGCGCAAGAACUGAAAAAACACAUAAACGAGGCGCUAGAAAAUGAAUGUGAAAAAUGUACGGAACGUCAGAAAGAGAUGAUAAAGAAGGUAAUAAAACAUAUAGUGAAUAAUAAGCAAGAUAUGUGGAACGAAUUGAAGGCGAAAUUCGAUCCGGAAGAGAAAUACGCGAAGAAAUAUGAGGAUGAGGCCAAGAACUAAGGUGUUUAGAUUUAAGGAUAAUCGACAAGCAGAGAAAUUAAUAUACGAUAUCAAAUUAUUAUAAAUUAUGAUGCAGUACUAAUUGUCAUCUUCCUUCUAGUUAGGACUUGACAUAAUUAAAAUAUGUACAUAUGUAUGCAAAUAAAACAUUGUCCAUAAUA